AUGUUAUUUCUCAGAAGAGCAAUCUCUUCGUCAAAUUACUCCUACUCGGCUUCUUGUGCCGUACGAGCCUCGCCGGUCGUCGUGCCCUCGCGGUGCUCCUCGUCCGGUUUGUCGUCCUCUUCUCCGGGCGUUGUCGACGGGAAGUUGGGGAUUCAUGUCUUCCGCUGCCCGGUACGUGCUUGCUCGCCGGCUUUCGGAAGGCAUCCGACGAUAUGUGCAUUCUUCGACCUAAAUGACGAGGAAUCCCCAUCCUUUUCAUGUCUCGUCCUCCUCGCAUCAGAACAUGAUCGAUCGAAUGUAUUUUUUCCCGUCGCGUGCGGCACUGCUGUAGGACGCCGUGGGAAUUGUGGCGAAGAUUACAGAGUGCAUCGCGUCGCGUGGGGGAAACCUUCAUGGUGUCGACGUGUUUGUUCCCGAGGAUAAGCCAAUCUUCUACGCCCGUAGGUUUGUCCUUGCAUUUGUGUUUUCAUUGAAAGUAUCAAUUUUCUCCCAGGUAUCACUAUUUGUAUAAAUAUCAUCGCCAAAUUGAAUUAUUCAUUGAGUGAGUUCUUACAUGUAGUCUACGUGAUCUACCCGUCUAACUGGGAUUUUCGACUGGAGAAAUAAUUUUGGAAGUUGAUGUCAGUGGAGAGGGAAAAACUCAUUUAGUUUCUCAUGAGAACCUUUUCAAUUAAGCCCUAUUUUAAUUGUUGAGACUUCGUACCUUUGAUACUCUUUCCUUGACCAUACAUAUGCAAUCUUCGAAAUAUUUUCAGUACAUCUGCCUUCUUCCUCUACUUUAGUCUUUAAUCAAUUUGUACCUUAAACUGUCUUUUUUCCUUUUAGAUUAUGAUAUUUUAAGAUCUCAUAUUAUUUUUUUUCUGCUGCUAUUAUUAUAAUGUAUCAACCAUUGAAAAUAUUUCCACGAACGGAAUAAAACACUAACAGAUGUGUUGGUCUCGUGUAUGUUUUGAACAUUUGGAAGUUUGCAUUAUUUUCAUCUUCUUCAUGCCCAUAUCUCUGUAGCUUCUGAGAUAUGAAAUUGAUCAUCUGCAGUGAAUUUGUAUUUGAUCCCGCAAGCUGGCCCCGGAAGGUCAUGGAUAUUGACUUCUUGCAUAUAAAGAAACUGUUCAAUGCAGAUCAAUCUCUAGUUCGUGUCCCUGGUAUGGAUCCAAAGUUCAAGAUCGCCAUUCUUGCUUCAAAGCAGGUGUAGCCUUUUCUUAAAGCUAUGAUACUGGUUGAGCGUGGCCAUUUUCAUUCAUCUUAAUGAACAGUAAAAACGUAGGAGAUUUUUUUUUUUGUGUUUAUCUUGUAGAAGUAAUUUUCUACACUGACCUACAGGAUCACUGUUUGAUCGAUGUGUUGCACGGAUGGCAGGAUGGGAGGCUUCCAGUUCAUAUUAACUGUGUAAUCAGGUGAUUCAGAGAGGUUAUUGUUCUGUAUAACGUUUUGAUCCGUUCUAACAGCAGCAAUCUUCUUGCUUUCUGGAUCAUUGCAGUAAUCAUAAGAGAGCCCCAAAUACCCACGUCAUCCGUUUUCUCGAAAGAAACGGGGUUCCAUAUCACUACCUGCCGACGACUCCGGUGAACAAAAGAGAAGAUGAGAUCUUGGACUUGAUUGGAGACAGCGAUUUUCUAGUUCUUGCUAGAUAUAUGCAGGUACAUGUGUACCUUGUCAUCAGGUCUCAUGGUGCUCCUGUUGAAUAUUUCCAUAUGUUUUUUCAUAUUUCCGCGUCCACCUUUAAAAGCUUGUGGUUAUUAUUCGAAGAGCCUUUGAAGGAAAGGUACAUUUUCCGUUGUGUUUUUAACAGCCUGCAUCAAUGAAGAGAGGCUCACUCAUUAAUCUUCAUCCUCUUGAUGCUUCAUGACGAUCAUCCUAUCAGAAGAGGCUGUUAAUGCGUGGUGCUCGUCGAUGAUUUUGCAGAUCCUGUCUGGAAGAUUUCUGAGGUGUUAUGGUAAAGAUAUAAUAAACAUUCAUCAUGGCCUUCUCCCAUCCUUCAAGGGUGGGAAUCCAUCCAGACAGGUCCUCCAGUCAUGGCUGAUUCCUGUAUCACUCUCCAUGUUCCCUCUGUUUUAUCAUCACCUGCCUCGCUCCUGCUGUUCCUCCAGGCUUAUGACGCAGGGGUCAAGCUGAUCGGCGCCACAAGUCACUUUGUCACUGAAGAACUCGACGAAGGUCCAAUAAUCGAGCAGAUGGUGAUCUCUCUCUCUCUCUCUCUCUCUCUCUCUCUCUCUCUCUCUCUCUCACCCGAUAUCAAUGAUCUCAUUUAUCAUGGUAGUUUUAAAGGUGGCUGCUUGAUCAUCCGCAUUUAGUCAUCCUGCAAGCUGGUGAUGGCUUUUGAUUUUCGAUUCAUAAAGAUUUAACCGGGGCAUUUCGAUUUAGGUAGAAACCCAUGUCCUAUAAAUGGUCUGUUCUCUGAUUUGCAUCCAAUGCGAUCUUCACUUUAGAAAGGUGACAGGCUUUAGAGCUCUCCGGUCAGAGAGGGCACGGAGGAGAUGAGUGACACAGAUUUUGGUCACUCUGGAACAGGUGGAGCGGGUUUCACACAGAGACAAUCUGCGGAGCUUCGUGCAGAAGUCGGAGAACCUGGAGAAACAAUGCCUGGCCAAAGCGAUCAGGUCCUACUGCGAGCUCCGGGUGCUUCCGUACGAGGUGAAGAAGACCGUCGUGUUCUGA